AUAGAUAAGAAUGGUGACUUCAAUAAAUCAGUAUUUUGGAAUGGAGUUGUGCACUGAACACCAAGAUCAUUUUGACCACCUUACUCUACCUUUGCCGUCACACAUCUGUUAUACCUGACUGUAUUAGCAGAUAAGAGGCGAUACAUCAAAAAGUUCUAAAGAAAUAUGUGGAGAGGAUUUCUUCUUGCAGCGCUUUGUGUACGUGGCUGGAGUUUAAGAACUGCCGUGUCGUCUGUUGGUCAAAUCUCAAGGUUUUCUACUGCAGUUAUCCAGAGCAACAACGACACUGAUUCUCUUAUUGGAAAUGGUGAAGCUCGGAGAAUGGAGGCGGAUGUAUUUGUCUUACUUGGGUCUCUUCUAAGUCCAGUAUAUUCUGGAAGUCGGCUUUUAGUGCUUCAAGAUGAUUAUUAUUCAGGCGUUGGCUUCCUUAUCAGAAGCGUUCAUUCGUCCCUCAGCUGGGACGGAAUAGAGGUCACAUCAUGCCAAGCAGACGCCCUGGAAUCAUGGGUACGAGAUUCCUUCCGUUCAUGGCCUUCAGACAUCGUCGCCCUACUGAUUUGCUCGGCGAGUAAUGCCUGGGAUAUUCUCCAGUGGGUAUCUGAGCAGAAGGAUGAGCCAACGUCACUGCUGAAAUCAGUUCAUUGGAUCAUCCUUGUGGAAGAUGGCGGAUUGAUGCCCAGAUAUGAAAGCAUCCUCACCGAAGAGUCUCAGUUCACAGUUGCCCAGAUGGAGCCUGAUGGAGCCAUAACUCUACUUGUCACAGCGUUCCUACAAAAUGGAAGAAUGGGGUUUGUACCGGUCGGCAGAUGGUGGCGGUUCCAAGGUAAAAGUGGAGCCACAAGCUGUACAGACCUCUGACCAGCCUGGCGCACCGUCAGCAAUUCAUGAACCUACAGGGCAGAAUGAUGAAGGUUGCUGCCGUUGACAACUGGCCUUGGUUCGGUUUGAAGGAAGGCCCUACGGGCGAACCUUUGCCAGAUACAGGAAUAGACGCCAGCAUCAUUACCACCAUAAGCCAAGCUCUCAAUUUCAC